AUGUUCACUGGAAUCGUCGAGCACAUUGGAACCGUGUCUGAGUUCAAGCAGCUGGAUUCGUCCCAGUCGGGCGGCAACGGCGCCUCUCUGACUAUCUCCAACGUCGGACCUAUCCUAGAUGACGUCAACAUGGGAGACUCCAUUGCCGUCAACGGAGUGUGUCUCACUGUGACGGAAUAUGAUGAUGACAAGACCUAUUUCAAGGCCGGUCUUGCCCCUGAAACCCUGCGACGAACCAACCUGGGCCAGCUCAAAUCGGACUCGCCUGUCAACCUUGAGAGAGCCAUUUCUGGGCAUGUGCGAUUCGGAGGCCACUUUGUUCAGGGCCAUGUGGAUGGUACAGCCGAGAUUGUGGUGAAGAAGCCCGACGGAAACUCCAUCGCCUUCACCUUCAAGCCCAAGGACCAGUCACUCAUGACUUAUAUUGUGGAGAAGGGCUUUAUCGCUGUGGAUGGCACCUCUCUGACUGUGACUGCAGUUACCGAGGACACCUUCUCGAUCAUGAUGGUGGCUUACACUCAAGAGAAGGUAGUUCUGGCUAAGAAGGAGGUGGGAGAUUUCGUCAACGUGGAGGUGGACUUUAUGGGAAAGCUGCUGGAGAAGCAGAUCGAUGGGGCGGUGGAGAAGAAGCUUGGAGGCCUGGAGGCGUUGAUUGAGAAGAUUGUCGACAAGAAGCUGAAGCAGUAA